UUAUUUCUCAGGUUCAUUCAGGGUACUUUAAAAAAUAGUUUCUGAGUGCAGUCAAACGAGUCAUUUCACAGUUUGACAUUGUCGGAAGCGAGUGUGCGUGAUUUCGAACUGCAUUGACAUCUGAAAUUGGUGUUUUGAGGAGUUGUUCGCUAUAAUUAUAGUGUGACAUUAUUUUCCAGAUUUAUUACCGUUGUGAGCUGGUGCAUGGUUAAGAUUAUUUCGCUGUACUCCGUUCAAAAGUACAAAUUUUCUGAAGAUUUCACAAGAAAGGAAUAUUGCCGUCCUUUGUUCUUUCGUUGUACUUUGUUCUUUCGUUGUACUGACCUGUCAUCUUGGAGUAUGUCAACAGAAGGGACGUUUACAGCUGUAAACUCAGCCUUUACGGUAGCAGAACCCGAGGCGAACGAAGAGGGUGGGAAGAUCGAAAGCAACGGACAUGAUGAGGCUGAUGUCGGCUACCAGAAACAUCGAGAAAGCCAAAGCGAUCUUCCACCCGACGGCCAUCGGGUGAACGAUGCACAGGCUCAGGCCGACGCCAUCUUGAAUCGUUUGAAGACUGUGGUGACUUAUGGCAUUGAGGAUAAUCCGCCAUGGCACACCACCAUAAUCUUGGCAUUUCAGCAUUUCCUUACGAUGUUCAGUGGAGUACUAGCCAUCCCUCUAAUCCUGUCCAGUUCAUUGUGUCUGAGUGAAGCUCCUGGAACCUUAGCAGAACUCAUAGGCACCAUCUUCUUUGUGUCAGGACUUGUCACCUUGCUGCAAUCGACCUUCGGUAUCAGGUUGCCGAUCGUGCAGGGUGGCACGUUCACCUUUCUCCUACCAACCUUUGCUAUAUUGGGUAUCAGGGGCGAUUGUCCGACCAAAGCUGCCAAUGCUACUGAUGAGGAAAUACAUGCGGAAUUCCGUAGCAGGAUACAGGAGAUCCAAGGUGCAGUGAUGGUUUCAUCGGUGGUCCAAGUGGUGAUCGGGUUUUCAGGCAUGAUGGGCUUCCUACUGCAGUUCAUCGGUCCGCUGGCCAUCGCACCUACCAUCGGUCUCAUCGGACUGUCACUCUUCAAAGAAGCCGCCAGACAGGCCUCUGUCCACUGGGGUAUCUCCUGGAUGGUGAUGAUAAUCAUCAUCCUCUUCUCACAGUAUUUGGAGCGCUUUCCGAUUCCAUGUAUAGCGUAUAACAGAAGCAAAAAGUGUCACGUCACCAAGUUCCCCAUCUUCAAGUUAUUCCCAAUUGUUUUAGCGAUCUUGAUAGGUUGGCUAUUCUCCUAUAUCUUCACGGUGACGAACGUGUUCCCGACCGACCCAGAGGCAUAUGGUUACGGGGCUCGUACCGAUCUUGACGAAGGGAUCUUAACAGAGGCCCCGUGGUUUGAUUUCCCCUAUCCAGGCCAGUGGGGUGUCCCCAGCGUGACUACAGCCGGGACUCUGGGCAUGCUUGCUGGCGUACUCGCAUCCAUGGUAGAGUCCGUGGGCGAUUAUUACGCCUGUGCCAGACUAUCCGGUGCGCCUCCCCCACCAGCGCAUGCAAUCAAUCGUGGUAUCGGAAUGGAAGGUAUCGGAUGUAUUUUGGCGGGAGCCUGGGGUACAGCGAACGGCACUACGUCGUACAGUGAAAAUAUUGGUGCUAUUGGUAUAACCAAGGUGGGAAGCAGACUCGUGAUCCAAGUGGCUGCAUGCAUUCUAAUGCUCGUUGGAGUCUUCGGCAAGUUUGGCGCCUUUUUCUCCACUAUACCUGAUCCUGUAAUUGGCGGCGUUCUCUCCACAACGUUUGGUAUGGUUUUGGCGGUUGGAAUCUCUAACCUUCAGUUUGUGGAUCUCAACUCGCCUCGGAACCUCUUCAUCGUCGGAUUCUCAUUCUAUGUCGGUAUUUCCAUUCCUGAUUACAUCCAAACUAACCCAGAGGCCAUCAACACAGGAAACGCGACGUUUGACCAAGUGGUUGUGGUUCUGCUGGAAACUAGUAUGUUUGUUGGUGGAGUUGUAGGGUUCUUCCUGGACAAUACAGUACCAGGCACGCGUGAGGAGCGGGGUCUCACUAAAUGGAGAGACAUGUACGGAAUGGCCGACGAAGACGAGGAUGCCGACUUAGUCGACGCUUCGGAGGAGGUCAUGGAGCUCACCCUGAAGUCGUAUGACAUGCCCUUCGGGAUGAGCUACAUCAAGAAGUGGAAGUGGGCAAGAUACGUCCCCUUCAGCCCCACUUUCAAAGGGAUUAACCUCAACCUCAAGAAGGUCUUCGGCUGCAAGUCCAUGUCAAGGAAAACGAAGAAGGAAAAUGAUAUCCCAAUGUCUGAUAAUGAAGGGAACGUUGCAUGAGAGAUAAAUCUGCUCAUCCUCUCCAUUCCAAAGUCUUCCAUACCCCCGAUAUGACGACUCAGGGUGCUCAGUCAUAAUUAUCAAAACUGAACUGAAUUUAAUCCAGUAUUUAUUCUAUUUGAAUAUCAUCUGCAGAUAACUAGAAGGGCAUUAUCUCAUUAUCAUUAUUGCAUAAAGCCUUUCUAGCUCUCAGCAGCCGAUUAAAUCCUUCCCUGAUUAGAUAACCAGUGAUGAUUGCCAUUGAAGAUUAACAUUUUUUUCAUACAUGUAGUAUUUUCAUUUUGAAAGUGGUGGUCUAACUUCAGCUGACAUGGUCAGGUGAUGUAUACAGAUGUCACAUGAGCCAGGGAUGACGCGUGAACAACUCUGAUGAUCACGUGAUACAUAUUAGAACAAAAACGGAACAAGUUGAGUGCUGCUGAUAUUGUAUUUAGAAUGUUUGAUGUAAAUGAAGUGAGCACGUGUCCAGCUGUUGUAUUACACUUUGGAAUAAUCAAAAGACUUUGUUGGAAGUAUCAAGAAAACAAAGAUUAGUUGAAGUUUGUUAUUUAUCAUCCUCCUUUUUGUGAUUCCUGACUCAACUUAUGUAAAUAAAAUUAUAUAUCUGAUAUUGGUGUGUUUACUAACAGAUGUAGGGCAUAUAAGUCUUUUCAAUAAAAUGUAUGGUAAGAAACUGUUGAAAUAUUAUGCAGUUAAUAUAUGUAAUACACUGUCGUUUUGAAAAUAGAAGGGGUUUACAGCUAUUUUAUAAUUUAGAUUGAUUUCAACAUUUUAGUUGAAAGGAAGCAUUAUUCUUACAGUAUCUGAUAACACCAAAUCUAGUUUUUUCAGCUUAUGAAGUUGUUGACAUAAUGAACAAACCUUUGAAUGAAAGAACAAGUUUCAUAUUGUUUAAAUCAUACGAAUACGGCUGCCUAGUAUUCAUAACUUUGUUUACUACUUGUAACUUGCAGAAUUAUGUGCAUCAUACUGGAAUUAAUGAAACAACUUAAAAUAUAUAUCAUAUACAUAGAAUAAUGUAUACAAGCAAGCCACAUCCUCAUAGGGCAAUAAUUGGUGCUUUUAAUUUUAUGAAAGUAAUAUGUCAUGGUACCAAGGGUUUCUUAUUUUUUCAAAGCCUUGAAUAUUUCAGUACAUAAAUCCCUGUUUGACAUGUCUACCACUUAACCUGCCCAAAUUAGUGUUUUGUUAUUUUAGUGUAUGUAGAAUUUAUAUUUACUUAGAAACGAUUAAAUAUGAAAUGAAAACAAGUCACAAAUCUGUAUAAACCAUAACAUUUUAAACUGAAAGAAAAUGUAAAUCAAGUACAAUAAUACUUCAAAAAUGACAAAUAAACUAGGAAGGAAAUAAAAUAAAAAUGAGAUAAAUAUGUAUUACAACUUACAACUUACAAAAAUAGAUAUUUCUGUACUAGAUCUUUGUACUUGUGCUUUGAUUAUACUUAAUUAAUGUUUAUAUAUAUUUGAGGUGUAUACUUUCAUAAAUAUUUGUUACAAAAUUUA